AUGAUUGGAUCAAUUUAUAAACUCGUUUGUAGUCAAAGUGAAAUGUGCUACAUUGGCUCUACUUUUAACAUACUAAAACAUCGUAUGAUUGGACAUCGGUCUCAAUAUAAACGAUGGGAUGAGGGCAACACAACAAGCGUAUGUGCACUCUAUCCAUACUCUCGAAAGUAUGGUCCAUACGAAUUCAAGAUUAUGUUGAUCAAGCAGUAUGAUGUCGCAGAUAGGCAUCAGCUGCACGCUUAUGAAACUCUAUGGAUCAAUAAUUUCGAGAAAACUCGCGUGAAUAGGGCUCCUCCGUUUGCACCACUGAAGCAGCGUAUGCAGAAAGAGACUGUGAAGAGGUAUUGGAGAGCCUAUAGAGAAGAGAUAUAUGAAAAACACGAGCUAUACAACGAGCUUCAUAGAGACAGACGCAGAUCGUAUCAUCUUCAUAUCUCAAAAGCAUAUCAGAUGGGUGGAAGCUCACAUGAGCGGUGA